AUGAUGAUGCAUUCGCAACCGAAUUAUGAGGAAUGUCUGACUGUUCCUUUGGAAACUCUGGUCGUACCACAUCGAGUGCUACGCGAAGGGGCUCAAUAUGCGCCGUCCGCAACUCGAAAACCCGGUAUUGCACAACUGGAUACGCAUACCGUUCCGUGUAUCUCUCCAACUCAAGUGGCUGUCCCUCUUCAAGGACCAAAGCGAUAG